AUGGUUUGCUUCUCUUCCCUCUUCGUCGCUGCGUCGGCCAUUGCCGGCGUGUUCGCGAGCCCCGUCGACCACGAGCAGCUCGCCAAGCGCCAGAGCACGCCCAGCAGCCAGGGCACGCACGAUGGAUACUUUUACUCGUGGUGGACCGAUGGCGGCGCCGCCGCGACCUACACGAACCUCGCCGGCGGCGAGUACAGCGUGAGCUGGAGCAACGGCGGCAACCUCGUCGGCGGCAAGGGCUGGAACCCCGGUGGUCCUCGCACCAUUACCUACUCUGGCACCUACAACCCCAACGGCAACUCGUACCUCGCCGUGUACGGAUGGACUCGCAACCCUCUGGUCGAGUACUACGUCGUUGAGAACUUUGGCACCUACAACCCCUCGUCCGGCGCCACCGCCCGUGGCCAGGUCACGCACGACGGCGCCCUCUACCGCCUCUUCGAGAGCACGCGCACCAACCAGCCCUCGAUCGACGGCACCGCCACCUUCCAGCAGUACUGGGCCGUCCGCGACGUCAAGCGCACCGGCGGCACCGUCAACAUGGCCACCUUCUUCAACGCCUGGACCUCGGCCGGCAUGCGCCUCGGCACCCACAACUACCAGGUCGUCGCCACCGAGGGCUACUUCAGCAGCGGCUCGGCGCGCAUCAACGUGGCCGGCGGCGGCGGCGGCUCCACGCCCUCCCCGCCCUCGACGCCCAGCCCGCCCACGACCCCGAGCCCCCCGCCCACCACGCCUCCUCCCUCCGGCGGCGGCAGCUGCGCCGCUCGUUGGGGCCAGUGCGGCGGCUCAGGCUGGAACGGUGCCAAGUGCUGCUCUGCCGGCACCUGCCAGGCCCAGAACCAGUGGUACUCCCAGUGCCUGUGA